UUUUCCCCACAAUUCGAAUCUAAUUAAUAUUAUAGCUUUACCUUAAACAUAUUGCUCCGGAGUUGAGAAAAAAAAAUGCAAAAAUACGAGAAGCUAGAAAAAAUCGGCGAAGGUACAUACGGGACAGUUUACAAGGCUAAAAAUCGAGACUCCCAUGAAAUAGUAGCUUUGAAAAGAGUUCGUUUGGAUGAUGAUGAUGAGGGUGUACCAAGUUCAGCUCUUCGAGAAAUUUGUCUACUAAAAGAAUUAAAGCAUAAGAAUAUUGUUCGUCUUCAUGAUGUGCUACACAGUGAGAAAAAGUUGACACUUGUCUUUGAAUACUGUGAUCAAGAUUUAAAGAAAUAUUUUGACAGUUGCAAUGGAGAAAUUGAUUUAGAUACAGUCAAGUCCUUCAUGUACCAAUUAUUGCGGGGUCUAGCAUUCUGCCACAGUAAUAAUGUUUUGCAUCGGGACUUAAAACCUCAAAAUUUGCUCAUCAAUAAGAAUGGAGAGCUGAAACUUGCUGACUUUGGACUUGCAAGAGCCUUUGGAAUUCCAGUCCGUUGUUAUUCAGCCGAGGUUGUCACUCUAUGGUAUCGUCCUCCUGAUGUAUUAUUUGGUGCUAAGCUCUAUUCAACAUCCAUUGAUAUGUGGUCAGCAGGGUGCAUAUUUGCAGAGUUGGCUAAUGCUGGACGGCCUUUAUUUCCUGGAAAUGAUGUUGAUGAUCAACUGAAGAGAAUUUUCAAAUUACUUGGCACACCAAUUGAAGACACAUGGCCUGGUGUUAGUCAGCUUCCUGAUUAUAAGUCUUAUCCAAUUUACCAUGUGAGCACAACAUGGCCUCAAGUGGUUCCAAAACUUAAUUCUAAAGGUCGUGACUUACUUCAGCGACUGUUAGUUUGUAAUCCAUCACAACGACUUUCUUCUGAGGAGGGUAUGCAACACAGUUAUUUCGCUGACCUCAGUCCUGCAAUCAAACAGGGUUGAAUCACCAGCUAAAUAUGAAACAUUUUGUGAUUUCACUUAUAUACAUUGUCAAUUCUGUUGAUAACUUCUUAUCAAUCAGUAUCUUUAAUUUAGCAGAAGAUUAGCAAAAAUAUAUUUGCUACUUUAAAGACUGGAAUAACUAUUAAACUAAGGUUAUGUAAAGUACCUCACAUUUGAAUGGUUUAUAACAAUUCAGUAACUAAUGUAACUCAUAUCCAUUGGGCUGUAAUUCUACCAUUUUUAGUGUGAUUCAUGUAAAAUGUUAUGGAAUCUAGUCAUUUUCUCCUUUCACUCCUAUUUCUUUCUUAAAUAUAAUGUUAUUAUCAUUUAUAGCUUCUUCUCUUAGUUUAAUGUUGGGAAAAGGAAAAUAAAGAGAAUAGAAUUCCUUUGUA